GACCUAGUAUCAAUUUACGAAAGAAGCGUUACUGUUUCUCUUUACUAGACUAUGGCAGCGCACACAGUCUUUCAUUCCGAUAGUCGUGUAUCAAAUAUUUCUACAAAGCAAAAACGCUUGGCGCAUAUGUUUCUUAGUCCAUUUAGGCGUCUCAAUCACAAUGGCAAGAAACGUCCGGAUAAAUAUCUGCCUUCUGCUGAACUGGUAGGUAGUUGCAGGGUUGAUUUAAACACAAAUGGUGGUCUUGAAAUCCUCCCAGAUUCCGCAUGCUUUAAUUCAGAAUCAUGUUCUCUUGAAAGCAACUGCCAACCAGAAAAAUGCUCUAUUCCAAUAGUUCAUCUUGAACCACAUGUUAGUCCUUGUUAUUCUACUUCUGUAACUCAAUCCCACUUCACCGAAGCCGAUAAUCCUAUGAGUGAAUUGAAUACUUAUGUCGGAGAGCAGACUACUGAAUUAGCUUCGAGUAUCAAGCAACGCUCAAUGACUCAAUCAUCUCAACCUCUUAAAAAGUUAAAUAGAAUAAAAAAAUAUAUAACAAGUCACCAAGUAACCUAUCCUCAAUUGACACCGGUUAGCCGAAACGUUUUAACUCGCAUUUCUGAAAUAUCUAACCAAACAAAUAUCGAUAAAUCCAAAAUAAAUGCAGUUUGUUACAAUAAGAGAAAUGUAAAGACUUCGUCCCCCGCUUGCAAUAUGAUGGUUGUGCCCAUAUCUAAAUCAGAUUUCUAUUUGGUAGGACGUCUUGUGAACGGUGAGACAUAUUCUAAGUCUGUAUUUUCAUCGGAUUCUACGGACAAUCUCCAUUGCGACUCACCAGCUUCGGAUCUUUACGUUUCCUCCAAUAAUAUGAAACAUUCUCCAAACUCAAUGUUGUGUAUGUACAGAUCUCCCAGUAAAUGCUCAAAAAACUCACAAUCCUUCAUGCAUUCUUUGCAAAAGGAUGGUAAAUUCCCAAAACCUGGAAAUUCUACCGCUGAAACGUGCGCGACUCUUAUUGAUCGUAAUAAAGUGGCUGAAUGUGAAACUGAUGGUAUUUGUUCUUCGGAUUCGGUUAAAAUUAUUACAUUCAAUCCUUCACCAAUCUUGUCAACUUCAAAAAUUACUCAUUUAUCAUCGUCAUCACCAAGUCCAACCAACGAUACGAAAGCGGCUGAGACCAUACCUACUAUUAGUCAGACAUUGAAAUACUCACAUUUAUCUAACCGUGCUUAUCCUUUUGGCAAAGAUUGUCGUUUUGUUUUUUACAAUUCUGAUAGUGAUGAAGAAGAUGCUUACAAUUUAUCUGCACCUAGCCAAACUCUCACUUCACUUAUCAAGGCUCGUCAAGCGCAUAAAGAUAUGUGGACAAAACGAGCUGAUCGCAUCAAUCGCUUUUUAGCCUGUAGACCUUGUCGUGAAGACCUGAUAUCUAAAAAUAUAAUUCCCAGUACCACUUUAGAAGCACGUACUGAACUGCGGAUUGAUAUUGAAGCGUCACUUGAGCGUCGACUUAAUCAACGUCCUACAACUGAUGAACUGAAACAGAAAAACAUCCUUCAUGUGGACACCGAAGAGGUGCGUAAUAAGAUUAAAGAAGAACGAAAGCAAAUUUUAACUCGCAAGUAAGGAAGAACAUAUCACAGUCAUCUGACGCAAUUAUACAGGAUUGAUUUUUUAUCACACUAUCAUUUCGACCAACUGUUGAAGAGCUGCGUCGUCGUAAAAUUAUUCGUUUUAAUGAUUAUGUUGAAGUUAGUGAAGCAGAUGCCUAUGAUCGUCGAGCUGAUAAACCAUGGACUCGUCUAACUCUACGUGAUAAAGUAAGUUCCUACAAUUUUUUUCUGGAGAAAGCUAACUAUUAGUAUUUUCUAAAUGCACCUUUACCAUAAUCAUGUGUUUUCAUGCUGCAAAUGGUAAGCGAUCUCGUCGAACCAACGAAUUACAAUACAGUGAACGUUUAUUUUCAUCACAAAACUUCAUGGUACGUACACUGUUAAUCCAUUCAUUAUUUAUUCAAAUCAAGGGUGAAUCAGUAGUUUUACUAAUAGAUAAAGUAGCAGCUAACACUUUUUUUAAUUCUUGCCACCAAACCCUUAGCAACAACACAAUAUCCCUUAUUCCCUAAACAAUAUAGGCUAACACUUCUAGAUUGCGACUAAAUGGGUUACUAAUCCCUUAUUGCUGAAAGGUUUCAGAACUUAUUCAUUUACAUAUUAUAACAAAAUUUAGAUAAUGGGAUUCUGUGAGAGAAUAUUUUCGUGCUAUUUUAUGGCAAUUAUAAAAAAAUUAUCAAAUCUUAGAUGGUGGUUAGUGAAGUGAGUGAAACGUAUCAUGCCGACAUCAUAGACUGUCAACAUAUAUUCACUCAGGCUAAAACUCACUCCGUUCUAUGCUUUGUUCGAAAAAGUACUUGUAGUUUAACCUUAUAUAUACAUUUCUGAUACUACAAACUGUUAGAUUUAAUAGUGUUCUUCACUAUUAUACAUACCUAGUAGCAACGAUUAACAUUUCGCUUUAACACUUAAUACAUUCUUAUAUCGGAAUGAGACACAACCAAACCUACCGAAAAACUUUGCAAGCUGUAGAGCUAGAAUGUACAUCUUGGUGGAUAUCCUUUUAUCAAAUAACAAAUUAGGAGUCGUUUCAUAACCGUAAAAGUAAAAUUAACAAUAUGAUAUAGCCGUCUAAACAUUAUUUCUAGGCUGAUAUUAGAAAAGAAUUAAACGAAUUCAAAGCAACUGAAAUGGAUGUUCAUGCUGAUAGUCGACAUCACACUCGGUGAGUAUUAAUUUGCUAGCAAAUUUUAUUCUAUUUUGUAAUAUAUUUCCAUCAAUCUUAGCUACCAUUGCACCAACACAGAUCCAAUGAUUUGGUGUUCCCAUACAUAUAAAUAAUAGUGGCUUCCGUUCAUUCAUAGCAGCUAAGAAAUAAAGUUGUUAGCUAGGCAAGAUUGUAACUACGGUACACACGCCACUGUGUAAUCUGAUAAACACAAAUCUAGCAGUUUUGUAUGGACGUAUUUAUAUUUCAUUAUUCGUACUCUUGUUUUUAAGAUGAGUAACUACAAUAGAUAUGAGCAUGAACUCACGCAGAGAUAAGGGCUAUUUUCAAAACCAUAAUGCAAACAUCAAUGCCUGUAAUAAAAGUUGUGUAAACACGAAUGUCAGAAGAGUUUAACACCUUGAUUAAAGUGAUGUGCAAUCUACUUGCGAAUCUUUUCUCAAAGCAAACCAACAAAAGAUAUCUUUUGAUCGUGCAUGAUUUACGAUCUGAUGAGCUACUUAUUUUAACUUGUGUGAGUUUGUCUUCUAAACCUGAAUCGAACUCCCUGAAGAUUUCGUAAAUCUUUUAUGUCGAUUCCCCUUUUACCAAUAGUUCACCAUUACAUAUUGAGGUUUAUACUUAACACAGAAUGUGUAUAAACGGUCGGUAAUAUCAUAAACUAACAUGUGUUUUACGUUACGAUAACUACCGUAGUUUAUCCAUUAUAUAAACAAUCCUCAUUUGUAUUUUUAUAGAUAUCACAAACCAUAGACGCCUAUCUUCCGCAUCCUGCAAAAUAAUUCAGCGACUGCCGUUCACUUCGUUAUAGAAACUGUACGUUUGUAGUUAUUUUUUGAAGCUAAAUCUAGUUUAUUUCUAAAAAUAACUGGACACAUUCGGAGACCAAACAAUUGUACAUAGUGUAAUGACCUGUCAAAAAUGAAAUUUUAUAUUGACUUUCCAAAUUUUAUGGCUCACUUUAUUAUUGAUUAUUGUAUAGUUUAACUCUUUCAUUUCACUGUGAUUAUAAUAAUUGGUUACAAAUACAAAAACUAACUUGACCGA